AUGAUAUAUAAAUUUCAAUUAUCUAUCUAUCAAUAUAUAUAUAUGUGUGUGUAUCUAUCUAUCUAUCUAUCUAUCUAUCUAUCUAUCUAUGGGAUGUUCCUUGUAGAGCUGGUGUUGUUUCUUUUUUUUCUAUUUUCUUGCCUUUUUAUUCGUCUAGACAAAUUUCUCUCCUUUUUCCAUCUCUUUCUUUCUGUUUUGUUUUUUCUUUUUUCUUCUAUUUCUUUUCCUUCUUCCUUUCCUCGUCUGCUUUUUUCUUUCUCUCUUUUCUUCGUUCAUCUUUCUCCUUCACUUUUCCACUCAAUUUUCUUUCUUUUUUUUUUCUCUCGUAUGUUUCUUUUUAUACUCUCCAUUUUGCUUUUUCUCCUCUUCCUACUCAUCGUCUUUUUUCCUUUCUUUUGCUUCUUCUGUUUUUUUUUUUUUUCUUCUUUUUUUGUUUCUUUCAUUUUCUGCCUUUUUUUUCUUUAUGACAUUUCAAAUUACUCUCUUUUCUUUUUUUUUUUUUUUUUUGGUGUUUUCUUUUAUUCUUCUUCGUUUUUUUUGUUCUUUUUUGUUCUCUUUUUCUCCUUUUAUUUCAUUUUAUUUCCCUCUUUUUUCAUUGGUUUUAUAUUUUUGUUUCAUGUUCUCAACCGAUUUUAUUUUUUUAAUCUCUUCUUUUUUCUUGUUUUCAACCCGAGGAGAAAAAAAUUUUCUUUUUUUUUAUUUUCCUGUUUUUUUAUACUUCUUCCCUUUCUUCUUUUCAUCAUUGUCAUUAAGCUUUCUUUUUUUUUCCUUUCAUUCUUUUCUCCUUUUUUUCUCUCUUUCUUUUUUUUUUUUUCCAUUUUCGUGCCAUGA